UGCGCAAACGUCCAAAUAUUGACGAAGGGUGAACGCGCCGCUGCGUAGGCAAAGCGCGCACGGCGCAUGUUGGCUGACGGCGCGUCGCGACGCUUGAAGUACCCGCAGCACACGAGAGCACACGUCGAAAAAUAACAAAAGUCGCAUGAAGUGAAACACCAUCGCACGACCCAUCCGGCUUCUGCGCGACGUACCACAUAUCCCGAUAUAAUAUUAGGUUGUUAAAUCGAGCAAUAUUACAUUUAAGCUGUUACUAAACAUCGUCACAAUGUAUAAGGAAACUUUAGUUGGGUAUUUGCAAUGCUUAGUGAUAUGUUCGAUAGUUUCGUACGCAUCCAGCCUAACUCUCGCAAAUCAAGUAACGUCGAAGCCACGACACACCAAAUACAGCUCGUCGACGGCAAUUCCAGGCAGCGGGUCCUUGGUGACGCCAGCGAAUCAACCCGUGACUCCCGCACCCACCGACGUCUCGUAUUACAGAGUCAGGGAUAGUAAAGGGAUUACAUGUAUCUUGUUAAAAACCGAUGCUCUCAUCGAGGUAAACUUUAAAUCACACAUAGGCGAAGAACAAGGCGACACAUACAUCCCGGAAAAAGCAACAGUGGAAGGCAGCUGUACGGACGAAGAUGAAGCGACGAUGCGCAUUUUGUGGCCUGGUUAUUCCUUGCAGUUCGACUUUGCGAAGACUCCGGGUGGUGAGCGAUGGUACAUCGAGAAUGUCGUUAUGAUUGUUAGCACCGAUAUUCCAUUUUAUCAUAACAUUCGUAGUCAUGGCAACGUCAUAAGAUUAUACCAUGACAAAAUGUUGCUACCUACACCAGUGGGUAAAUCAUAUGGUUGCGAAGAAACCAUCAUAACUUUAUUGCCAAACAUCGACGACACACCACCAGAAGAUCUCCGCGGUACAGUAUACCUACGCAAACUACAACUGCAAUCGUUCAUGUACAAGGGUAAAAGUUUCGGGCCGAUCUUCGAUUGUAAUUCGGCGAAGCGUUUCCGCGAUGAAACCGCCCCGAUCGCAGUCGGAUCCACACUCGCCAUCGCCGUCCUUGGCACAGUAACCGGAUACGGAAUCUUUCGCUAUCUCAAAAUAAAGAAGGUUCAGUACAACAACAUGGAGUAAUUUCAUCAGCACGAUGAAAUUCACUUCAAUUUGCUUCGACAGUACGAAACAGUUACUCUGAAACGAUGCGACAGUUACCAAACGAAAUGUAAGUGGAUCACUAUUGUUGGUUGAUCGAUCUUUAAAUGGAUAUAUAAAUAUAAUCAAAAGAAUCGAGUUUAGUUAAAUGAGUCGAAUUUAAUUCAUUAUAGUCGGCGUUGUUUUCUCUUCAGAUGUUUCUACUCGUAAUGCGCUCAUUGUUGCAAAAUUAUUGAUUCUUGUAUUUCUAAUGUGAUAUUUGCAUUCGGGUUGGGUUUCAAUUAAAUAUGGUGCAAAACUAGAUGCUAAUAAAACAAUAUUGAAUAUAAUUAGUUACGUAUUGCUAAUACUAGUUACACAAAACGAUGAUAGAGAUUAAACGUAAAUAUUUAACAUACUAUAUUAAUGAAAGUAAGUAUUGAACAUUUAAACGUUUCAAAUUUUUAUAAAGCAGUUACAUACGACGUCAUACUACUAAAUUGCAAUACUGUUGAUCAGUGUUACCAGUUUUCGUUACAAAAAUACUUAAUUUGUGUGCAGGUUGCCUAUUUGACUUUAAUUUACAACAAUUGUAAUAAAUUUGUCUGAAAGUUGAGCUACUGUACAAGUAUUUAUGACUAAUUAUUAUUUGCAAGACGUCUCAGGUUAUUUUAAACUUAAUUUUGAUGAAUACUUCAUUAACCACAAAUAUAAAAUACGAAUCCUAUUGAAAUUAUGUAGUAAUAAGAAAAAACAAUGUUGAUAAUAUGGCAAAUAUAUUAAAUAUACAGCUUUCAUUAGAGAUGUAAAUCAGAUAAACUUUGAAUGCACAUAUCUCCAGCGGCAAACAUUUCUCAUAUGUGAUAACGAUUUUAUAGAUCUGCAUACGUAAAAUAGUAAUAAAAAUUGCAAUUUUAACCGGAACAGAACUGAAUCAAAAUGUUAAUUCUCGGUCACCCGGUUACAUAUCAGUUUUAAGUUAAUAAAAAAUAUAUUAACUGAACCUCAAUGAUGUUUGUUGCUGCAACAUUAUUCUUGUUUACUUAUCGCAUUGUGUGAAAUGAAAAUAUGUGUAAAAAAGAGCGAAACAACAGAUUUAUCGAAACUGAAAAUAAAUUUGCCAUGGUCUGUCUUCCAUUAAAUAAAUGUGUAUUGUAACGUAAAGUAUAAAAAUGUAUAGGAACAAAACAACGUGUGUGGAUAUUUUAAAUAUUACAUUGAACAUAAUUACCAAAUUAUUAAUAGAUAUAGUAUUUACUAACAAACUGAUCUAAUGUAUUUGAUUCGAUUAAAAAUCAUUUCGAGUGUUUUAAAAUGCACAAUUAUAUUUAAUUAAAUAAAAAAAUCAAAAUUCGAUAUUUAUAGUGCGUACAAAUUAUGCACUUUGUUAGAAUUUGUUAAUUUGAUUUAAUGAUAUUUUAUAAAUAAUAUUUUUGUGAAUAUUUUCUUACUUGUUGAUCUGUAUCUUAUCUUGAAGUAAUAUUUUUACAUAAACUUUACUUUUAUUGAGUGACAAGUACAAUUUUAAAACGUGUAUACAGAUAACCGUUAAAUAAAAAUUCGUUUAACGCAA